ACCAGGAUGCAGAGUGAUGCAAGAUGGCAAAGGGGAACCAUCCAAGAGGAUGCAAGAGCUCUGGGAAACCCAGUGGCAGGAGUUCCUGAAAAGGCUGCAGCCCCUUCACACAGGAUGGAGAAACCAAGUGAAGUUGGAGACUGCCCCGUGGGAAGAUGCCAAGGCCUUUCUGGCCUCCUUUGAGCAAGUGGCCGAGGCCUGCCGGUGGCCUAGAGGAGAGUGGGCGGCCCGGCUCCUGCCAGCACUGAGCGAGGAAGCAGAAGAGGCCUUUGGCAGCCUGGAAGCCAGAGAUCAGGAGGACUAUGGGAAAGUGAAGGCGGCCAUCUUGCGAGGGGAAGCCCUGAGGAUGGAGGCGCAGCGCCAGCACUUCAGGCAAUUCUGCUGCCAGGAGGUCAGAGACCCCCGAAGGAUCCACAGCCAAGUCCAGGAGCUUUGCCGGCAGUGGCUGAAGCCGGAGAGACACAGCAAGGAGCAGAUCCUGGAGCUGCUGAUCCUGGAGCAGUUCCUGGCCAGCCUGCCAGUGGACCUCCAGGGCUGGAUCCGGGCAGGAGGGCCGGACACCUGCUCCCAGGCCCUGGCCCUGGCCGAGGACUUCCUCAUGAGCCAGAAAGAGGCCGAGGGAGAGAAGUUGCAGUUUCAGGUUCCAGCGAAGGAGGAAUCCAUGGAUUCACUGGAUGCAGAGGAAGAGACCCCGGAAGCCGCAAAGGGACAGAUCUACAAAGAAUCCCAGAAAAACGGUAAUGCAGAGUCCAAUGAGCUGGGCAGUGGAAUUAAAUACCCAAAUGAUUUCAGCUCAUCGCUUCCACCUGAAGGUCAGGAAAUGGUCCCAACCGGUGUGAAAGAGGAACCAAUAGAUCUCAACGAAGCUAGCCUGUCUUUGCAGAUGGUAAAGCAGAGUUUGACCCAGCCAGGCCAACAGACCAUCAUUUGGCAAGUCCUGCACGAGAAUGGUGGGAAUGAUCAUUCUUUGGGUGAUGAGAAGGGAAGUCAGGUGAAGAUGGAGAAUUCCCAGUGCGGAGGAAAUGAGCCAGAGGACACACUCAGGACAGCCCAAUCCAUAAGCCAAACAAAUGUGUUGGAGACAACUGAGAUGGACGAGGAAGGGUCCGUCUUCAAAGAUGGACAGGAGAAGCAACCUGUAGGGAGGGAGAAUCUAUGUCAUGAGCUCCCAGAAGGCCUCACAGCUGCAAUUAUCCAGCCUUCCGAAGUAAACACAAGGGAUAACACGCCCAGGUUCUCCAAGUAUGGUAGGAGGUAUCACUACAGGGUGGAACUUGAUAUAGAUAGCAGGGAGAAUCAGGACAGAUGUCCUAUGUCAGAGGAAAACCUGCAGCAAAAUGCAUGCUUCGAUGAACAUCAGAGAAUGCUAAAAGGAGAGAAUGAAUCUGAAUUCUCUGAGCUUCAUAAUGGAAGUAGUUUGGACAGAGAACAGAAUGACCUCACGGAAGUGAAACCUAAUAACUCUUCUGAGUGCGGGAACAGCUGCAGUUACACAGAGUCGCUAAAUGGAAGUGAUGGGUUUCAAAGUGAAGGGAGACCAUGUGAAUGUUCCCAUUGUGGCAAAUGCGUCAGCCUGCCAGAACAGUGCAUGAACCAUCAGCAACUUCAUGUUGGAGAGAAAAAGCAUGUAUGUCUCGUGUGUGGGAAAAUCUUCCCUUUUAAAACAGGAUUAGUAAGACAUCAGGGGAUUCAUACCGGGCGGAAACCGUACCAGUGUUCUCAGUGUGGGAGAUGCUUCAGGCAGAGUGAACACUUGAAGGAGCAUGAGAGAAUUCAUACUGGAGAGAAACCGUACAGAUGCCUCGAAUGUGGGAAAGACUUCAGUCGGAGAGGAAACUUGGUGUGCCAUCAGAGAAUUCAUACUGGGGAGAAACCGUACAAAUGUUUUCAGUGUGGGAAAUGCUACAAUUAUCCAAAAGAUUUGAGGAACCAUCAGAGGAUUCAUAUCUAGAAUGUUACCAAACAGCCCAAUUGUCUGUUGAUUUUUGACAUGGUAGACUAUGCCUAGGAAAGGAGGCUUUAUUCAAAGCACAGAAGUGUUUGCCUUCUUAAAAAGCAGGCCUGGCACUUAAAGCAGAACUGUGUGCAUGAUACAAGGGCAUUCACCCCACUGGUAUGCCCACUGUUUCCCAAACUUUAUCCCUUGACCUCUUUCCCCUCCUUGGGUAUCACUUCCAAAUUUGCAAUUUGGCUCCAGAAGAGUCAACAAGUAUAUGCAUUCCAUUUAAGCCAUUCAGGGCGCAAUCCUAUGCCUGUUUGGACUGAAAAAAGUCCCACAACACCUAGCAUGCUGAGAAUUGUGAGACUUUUUUUGGUCUAGUGAGAUACAGAAUUUUCCGCUCAACAGCUCAUCUUGAUUUCAAUGAACCAUCAGAGACAGGCUUUUUUUUCUGUUGUCCAUGGUAGGAGGUUGGAUAUCCGUACCUUUCCAGCAUGGAGAUCUUUCCCUUGUAAGGAUUGCUGAAGAGGCUUUCAUUUUGACAUCUUUCAAAAUGCAAACGUCUUCAGCUAUCUUUCCCCCAAAAUGGGGAUGCAAUAGGACCCAGGAAGGGAACUUCGUGGCAGACAAGACAGCCAAGUCUUCCACCGAGUCCCCUGUGAUGUUGGGUGCUUAGAGACCAGUAUUAUUAUGGCCUAAUGCAUUUUAUCUCAACCUUCUUCAAAAGCUUGGGGUGUGUGUGUACAUAGUUCAAUGAAACAACUGACAUUUCUAGCCCACAAAACGUUUUACUAGCUUAUCUGCUAAUAGGGUUGCCAAUUUUUUUUAUUGCUCCCAUAUCUGGGUCUUCAACAGCUGCUUGAUGUGCAGGGAUCAGCAGACAAAGUUACUCGCAUCAUGAAAAAUACAUUUUUAUGACCUGCUUAAUUGCUGCACAUCCAAGAGCUUGCAAAAGUUAGGCCGCAAAAGUUUGGUUGAAAUUUUGUCAUUCCUGCUGCCUUCAUUAGAUUCUAACAGUCAAUUCCUUGCCUGGCCCUGUGGAAGUGACUUGUACUUGCAAAUGGUGAACAAACAAAGGGUUCUUAAACUGGGCUUGCUUCAGAUUUGAGGAGACCCUUAGGAAAAUUCCUUCUGCUGCUUGAAUAAGGGGUGGGGGUGGUUCCUAGUAGGCUUAAUUGUUGGCAGUGGUAGCUAGGAAUCACAAUCUAAACUUCCCACAAUGCCCCUGAUGUAGAGCAUUAUGGGAAAUUUAAAAUGGCAGUUCUCGGCCCCAACUGUUACUUAAGAGAGGGGGUGGCAGGGACAGAUGUUAGCAGUGGGCUUAGGGUGAGGUGCCGGAAGCCAGAUUCCAGCUGGACAUCAGGAAAAACUUCCUGACUAUUAGAGCAGUACGACAAUGGAACCAGUUACCUAGGGAGGUUGUGGGCUCUACCA